AUGGUUGCACGGUCGGAAAAUAACCGUGGCUACGGCCGACAGUCACCGAUGCAGGAGCUUUCUCGUUACAAGGACACCACCGAGGCGAUUGAGGAUGCAACACGCGCCAUCCUGGAGCAAUGCGAGCGGUCCAAGACAGUGAGGCGUGUCAUCAGCACAGGCUCCGUUAUCACGGCGUCGCCGCUCCGGGAGGACGGGGAGGGGUACAAAGAGUUUGUGAACGAAUCCUGCUGGACCCCGCUCAGCCUCCCCAUUGAUCACAACAACGAAUUCAUGCACGAAUACCUCUCCUCUAAGUGCAUCGCUGAGAAGGAGCUAGUCAAGUACAACGACCGCCCCUCCAAGGGCAGAGCGUUCGACAUCAUCGUCCUGCUACUGGGCCUCGUAGCAGGAGACACCCUCGGCCUCCUGCCCUACAUCAACAAAAGCCAGCACUUCAUGCUGUCGCCGUUCACCGGCAUCGAGCCUUACCACAACGCCCUCAGGUUCACGCAGGCCGUCCUCGGCGCCGUGCCGGUGGUGCACGUCGACGACGUCAGCGAGGCGCACGUCUUCUGCAUGGAGCGCCAGCACGACGUGGCCGCCGGCCGGUACCUCUGCGCCACCGCGCACACCAACAUGCAGGAUAUGGUGGAGCACUACGCGGGCAAGCAUCCCGAGCUCAAGCUAGCGCGGAAAGAGUACUUUUCUUCGACUAAAUAUUCCAAAUUAAGUGUCUGGUGGUGCAUUAAUUGUGAAUUGUGA